AUGGCCCUGUAUGGGUAUGAGGCACCCAAUUUUAUGGAUUUGCUUUUGAGUGACAGUAGAGUGCCCAGUGCAGGUGAUUUGUUACAGGAGAGUCAAGACAUUGUUAAGACUCUCAAGGAUAAUAUAACUAAGGCACAGGAUCAACAGAAGCAGUAUGCAGAUCAGAAGAGGACUGAGCGGACUUUUGAGGUUGGAGAUAUGGUGUACAUAUCUGCACUGUUGAAAGAUGAAAAUGAGCCAACCUUAGAUAAUGCUGUGGCAGGAGGGUGGCCAGCUUCUAUGCAUCUUAUAGGAAAGGACAUAUUAAGAUUCCAUGCAGUUUACUGGCCUGCAAUGUUAAUGUCUGGAGGCCUAAACCUUCCAGCAACCGUAUUUGGUCAUGGAUUUCUGACAAAGGAUGGUUUGAAGAUGGGAAAAUCCAUGGGUAAUGUGCUUGAGCCAAGGGAUCUUGUGGAGAGGUUUGGAUCUGAUGCUGUAAGAUAUUUCUUCCUGAGAGAGGUUGAAUUUGGUAGUGAUGGGGACUAUUCAGAGGAACGAUUUAUCAGUAUUGUGAAUGCCCAUCUUGCCAACACAAUUGGAAAUCUACUUAACCGCACACUUGGCUUGUUGAAAAAGAAUUGCCAGUCCACCUUAGCAUUUGAUGCAAAUUCUGCUAUAGACGAUAACACAUUCAAAGAACUUGUCACCAAAUUGGUUGAGAAAGCAAGAAACCACUACAUGGAUCUUUCUUUCUCCUCAGCGUGUGCAGCUAUUAUAGAUAUUGGUAAUGCUGGUAAUAUAUAUCUGGAUGAGCGUGCUCCAUGGUCUCUGUUCAAGCAAGGGAGUUCAAAUGCUGAAGUAGCUGCAAAGAAUCUUAUAGUUAUUCUAGAAACAGUACGGAUUAUAGCUGUUGCUCUAUCUCCAGUUACUCCUGUAAUAUGUCGCAAGAUAUAUUUACAACUUGGUUAUUCUGAGGCUGCAUAUGAUGCUAUUUCUUGGGAAGAUACAACUUGGGGUGGUCUCAAAAUGGGCCAAAUCAUGGCAGAGCCUGAGCCUAUUUUCAGAAGGAUUGAAGAUCAAGAAGGUGAAAAGCCUGAAAACAUUAAAGCAAAGAAGAAGAAUAAGGGUGUAAGCAACAAGAUAAAGCCAGAAAAAAAUCAAAUAUUAGCAAAUACAUAAAGAGAAGCCACUUGGACUGCAAGUUUGGGUAGAAAAAGAUUAUGAGGCGUAACUGUCCAGAUGAAAUUGAUAAGGCAUUAAUCCCCGUUCACAUGGCAAAUAUCAUGGGUAGCUGUAUGGCUUUUCGUGCAACAUUUUAAAUAUCGUCCAUCUUCUUUGUAUAAAAAACUCUGUAGUUGAGAUUUUCUAUAUAAUGAAAUUCAUAUCACUAACUCUGGGACAUGUUAACGUAUUGCCCCCCUCUGUAUUAUUGCCCCUGUAUUAAAAUGUAAAUUGUACUUAAAAUUUUCUUAUAAUAAAGAAAAUGAUAUUUCAAGCCAUGUAACAGAGACUUUUCUAUAUGAAUUUCAUAACAAUCCUAUUUGGCAACUCA